AUGAAAAAAAUCACAUAUCAAGUAUUAUAUCAAUAAACUAGUCUUAUUAAGAUUUAAUUUCGGAAUGGAGAGACUGUUUUAUCGGAUGGUUAUAGGAAAAAUGACAACAAAAUAAAAAGAGCAAAUCUCUAUAUUUUUUUCCCUCUCAGAACUCUUAAGGAAAAUAUUCUUUACUUUCUCCUACUCAUUUUAUAGGUUUCCUCGUCUUAGACCUUAUAUUUUGUAGGGAUUCUUCUGGUCAUACAACAAUGGCUAGUUGAUUUGUACAAUCUUAUGAAAAUUAAAAAAAUGGAUAAAAUGAUAAAUAGUUAAGAAGCAAGAGUAUUAAAAUAAUGGGAUGAAUGUAUUAUCAAUAAAGAAAUAAUUGAGAAAAUCAAGGAAAGAUUAACUAAGUAGGAUUAGAGUGAUUACAAUUAAGGAAGUAAAAUUAAAUCAUAAGCUGAAAAGAAUUCAUAAGGAAAAGUAGUUGAACAGGUGUAAAACUAGAAAAAAGGAACUAUAGUUUGUAUUUUUUAAAUCUAAUUUUAAGCCAUUAUAUCAAUCCCGUUAUAGAAAGUAUCUUAUAAGCACCAAUCGAGCAUUAAAAAUACCAAAACUGAUAAUGUUAAUAAAUAUAAUCAAAUGAGUCCAUUGAUUGAAAAGGAUAUUGCCUUAAAAUUACAGUAAGUUUAAUUGAUGGAAGCUGAACCAUUAAUAAUUGAAGUUAAAAAGAGAGUGCCUAGUAUGUUUUUGAGAGAUGCCCUUUCAACUUAAUAGAAUGUAGUAUUGAAUGAAAAGUUGAAAAAAAUUGAAAAAGAUAAAAUGAAUUUGAUUAAAAUCUAAAAUGUUGAAAAUAUAAUGAUAGGUGAUGUGAUUAUAUUAGAAAGAAAUCAAAGAGCACCUUGCGACAUACUUGUUUUGCAUUGUAAUGAUGAAAAUUUUAGUGUGUAACAUUAACUAUGUGAUUAUUCAUCCACAACAGUAAGAAAACCUGUGAUCUAAAAUAGAUGUAACUUAUUAAAAUAUACUUUAAGCUGAUUCUCAGAACUUAGCCCAAUUUAAAAAAUCUUUGACAGGUAAUAUCGUUUGUUAAGAACAUAAUUUUAAAAUUAAGGGAUUCUUUUAAUUAAAAAAGGAUCCUUAAUCAAGAAUAUUUGGAUUUGAGAAUUUUAUAUUUUGUUAGGAAAAAUUACUAGCAACGCCAUGGGUAUUGGGGAUUGUUGUAAAAGUAGGAAACAAUUGUUAAUUUUAUGCUCGAUUUUAGGGAGAACUUAGAUUUGAGAACUUUUAAUUUCUUCCUCAUUACAUGGUUAUUUUGGUCAUCACUAUAGUAAUAUUUUACUUAAAUUUAAGAUUUAAAUUAUUGUUUACAAUUAAAACCAUGUGUUGUAGAAUUUGAGAUCGAUUACUCAAAUUAUAAUUGAUAAUUGUAUAUUUUUGAUCUUAAUGGUUCCUCAUUUCUAUAAAGUAUAUUAUAAGAUUUGUAGCAUUGUGCAACUUAAAGGAAUAGGAACUAUUUAUUAAAAAUAGAUAAUGUCGUGUUGCAUAGAUACAUACAUUGAUAAAUAAUAUAUUACAGUAAGUGUAGAUGCAUUUAUUGAACACUCCUUUUCACUACAAUGUAUUAUUCAUGAUAAUAAAUUAUGUGAAUUUGAUGAACCAAGAUUUCUUUAAUUUUUACUUUAAACUAAUGCAAAUCCCAGUAUGCAGAAUGAAGUCUAAAAUGCAGAAAAAGAGGGUAAUUUUUACUUUUCUAUUUUUAGAAUAAGAGGAUUUUUUACAAAGGUCUUAAGUUAUUAACUCCCUACUACAGAGUUAAUGUUCAGAUGAUCUUAUGAGUUAACGAGAAUAAAAAGUACAUCAGAUUCCUAAAUCUGUUCAAGGCAAAUUUAUCUAUUAUGAAUAGUCAGAACAAAAAGAGGAUUCGAAUAUCAAUAAAAUUGGUUUAAUUUAACAAGAUUAGGCAUCAAAAGAGAAAACAUUAUCUAAAAACCAUGAAGCUUAUAAUGAAACUAUUCAAAGAGCAUCCAAUCUUUUAGGAAAUUCAAAAGGAUAUCAUUCAUCAAAAGAACCAUUUAAAUCAGAAGAAUAUUAAAUAGAUGAGCAAGAGUUAUGUUAGAAUAUGAUGAGAAAUGAUGAACCAGAUGAAUUGAAUCCAUUAUUGCUAUAAUUAGCUAUAAAUCACCUUGCUUUUUCUAAGAUAUUGAUUACUGAAAAAAAAGAAUAAAAAGUGAAAAAUAAGUUCUUAGGUUUAUUAGAUUAGAAACAAAUAAGUCUGGCAAAAGCUAUGGGCUAUGAAUUCAUAUGUGUCAAUAAUGUUUAGUAAUUUAAUAAUUGUAAUAAUUAGGAAUAUCUAGCAUUAUAUUAUUUAGGUUAAUCAAGAAUUCCAUUCAUUCAAAUUAGUCAUAACAAAACUAGAUAUUUAAAGACAAAGGUUGUUUAUGCUGUUUGAAAUGAUUCAUUUUUAUGGUCACGAUAAAUAGUUUAUUUUAUUCUUGAGAGAAGGAAAUGUAAAGAAGAAUGAAGGCAUUGAUGAUAAAGUUUGGAAACAUCAAUAUGAUUAACUUCAUUACAUUUAUUAUUCAUAUUGUUAUUUAACCUCAGAUAGUGCAAGUUUAUUUUUACAAUCAGUAGAAAGUAAUAUACCAGAUAACUAAUUAUAUACUUUGAUGGAAUAAGUAUUCAAAUUAAAUAUCAUUUUGGGGCUCAAAUAUACUUUGAAACCUGAAUGUUAAGAUUUCAUGAAAAAUCUAAGGAAAUCUGAUUAUCAAGUGUUUGCAUAUACUCAAAAUUAGGAGAUCUAUUCCACUUCUAUUUUGUAUUAAUCUGAACUUAUACAAUAAAAUGAUUUGGUCUUGCAUUUCAAUUAAUAAAAUGAAGAAGAUUUACGAGCUUAUUUUAAAUAAAGUUUAUUAGAUUUUUCAAAUACUUUUGCUGAUGCGAGCAUUAAUUCAUCCUAACUUAUUUAAGGUCUAGACUCAUAAAACAAAAUAAUAUUCGAUAAAAUCGACCAAAAGCCCAGAACAAAGAAAAUAAUAGUGAUGAUGAAUAAUUAAUCAUUGCAGUAUAUCACAGAGAACCAUUAUUUUACGAGCAAUCUAAAAUUAAUCCUUAGCUUCACCAAAGUACUAUUUCUUUAUUAAGCAACACAAGAUUAACUAAAUAUUAUCUAAGACAUCUGGUGUACUUCAGCAAAAACCAUUAAUAUAUUAUAUGAAAACUAAAGCUUAUUAAGAUGCUUCUAUGGGUCUCAGUUACAAAUUUUGCAGCUAUAAUAAUUCAGUUUAUUUAAAAAUCAAAAAAUAGAAAAAGUAUAGAAAAAUAAUUUCUUUUCGUAACUCAUUAUCUCCUUAUAAUAAAGAUUAAUAUUUGAGAAAUGCUAUUUCAACGAAAUGCAAAUCAAUUCUAAUACCGAUGUUAUUUUACAAGGUUUCAAAGAGUUGGAUAGACUUCUUUUCUUUUAAAGUCCUCUUCUAAAGAUAUUCUUUAGAGCCUUAUACUAACAAACUCUAUACAAAACAAUAACAUUUGUUUCUACCUUUACUUUUGUUACUCUUAUUUAUACAUCAUAUACGCUCGACUAGAUGGACUAUUUAAUAGAAAUCAUAUUUUACUUUUACAUAUACUAAUUCAUUUUAUUUUCCAUUUAGCACUAUUCUUUUUUUGAUCAAUCAAAAAAAUUAAAAUUCCAUAAGGAUUAAUCUAUUUUACUGAAAAAGUACUCAUAACACAAAUCAUCAAUUGAGACAAUAAUCAUUAUGAUUGUAAAACACAUUAUGUAAGGAGUUCUUAUUUCGUGUAUUUUUAUUUAUAAAAUGUACGAUUUGGAAUACUAUUUAUAUAUUUAUAUGGCUAUUAGUAUUAGCGAUAUUUUUUAUUUGAUGAUCAAUUUGAAUUUCAUAGAAGCUAUAAUUUUAGCUGGGAUAUUUCCAAUCAUAUUUUAUUUCUAUAUAUUGUUUGACAACAUUCAAAAUGAUGAAUGGAAUAAGUCAAUAGACACUGAAGAUAUAUUUACAAUUAUUUUGGGAAUAUCCUUCCUAUUGAUAACAAAUCUUAUCUUUGAUUAUGUUUAGAAUCAACAUAUUCUCAGCAUACCCAGAAUCGAUGAAGAUUUCGUUUCAUAUUUACACUACAUCUAAACGAUGAAAGCAUCAAAAUAAAAAAAAACAAAGUUGACUAUUUUAUAAAAUAGAGUAAAUGAGCUUUUUGAAAAUAUUGAAUCAGUAGAUUUAAGUAUUUAAAAAUGUAUAUUAUACAAUUUUAUUGAUUAGUGCUCUUAAAUUAAUAAAAUAGUUAAAGUAAAUUUGGUUAAUGGCGUUAACAAAUUUUCAAGAAGGCACAAACCAUAUUAAUGUGGAAGAAGAAAUAAAUUAUUCAAAGUUUCUAAUUGCUUUUUUAUCAUAACACAUUCUUAAUUAUCAUAUACUUUUACCAAGAUAGAACUGAUUUUUUUUUGGUUGUCUAUUUGAUAACCUUCUCUCUAUAAGGAUUAUAUUUUGCAAUUCAACUAUUCGUUUAAUUACCUACAAAUCAAUAAGAAUACCUAGAAUAUGCUAAAUUCUUUUUAUCAACCGCUGCUACUAUUUCUAUAUUAUUUGUUAUGAAAUCUGUUGAUAAUAUCAACCAAAUUUUGACAAUUUAAUAUUUUAUAGUUUAUGAAUUGUCGAUAAAAUUCCAUCCCAUUUAUGACUUCAGAGUAUACAUAAUAACGGCUGUUGCUACUAUUCUUGGAUAUAUUGUUUGGUACAUAGUUGAAAGCGAUUCAAUAAUUUCAAACAGGAUUGCUGUGAUAUAGUUUAUAAUUCUAUUUUCUGUUUUACAAUACUUGGUAAAGAGUUAUGUAAUUAAAUCAAAUAAUCCUUUUAGUUUAUUCAAUUAGAAGAGGAUCAAGCCUAGAAUAAGUUGAAUUUUAUUGAAUAAAAUAACAAGAUUAAUGACAUAUUAGGUAUUUUAUUGCCUAAAUUCAUUCGGGAUAGAUUAAAUGAAAGUAAUGAUCAAUUAAAUUGUAAUAGCUGACCAAUAUAAUAUUCAUUAAAAUUAAGGUUUGGUCGCAAUUGUAUUUUGUGAUAUUUGUAACUUUGACCAAAUGGUGACUGAAGAAAAGGAUAAAAUAAUUACAUUUUUGGAUGAUAUUUUUAGAACUUUUGAUAAAUAUUGUUAAAUUUAUGGGGUUCAAAAGAUAGAAACAGUUGGAAAGACUUACUUAGCAUCAGCAGGUCUCAAGGCGUGUGAAUAAGAAUUGGCUUAUUUAUCUUAAGUAGACCCAGUUUAAAGAGCCUUAAAUUUGGCCGAGCAGAUGAUGAUCUAUAUCAGAUCAAAGAUGUAAGUUUCUUUAUCAACCUAGGUGGGGAUAUAAGGGCUAACAAUUAGUUGGUAAAAUUGGCAUCCAUUUUGGAGGGGCUAUAAGUGGAGUUAUAGGAUUUCAUAAGCCUCAAUUUUCGCUUAUUGGAGAUACUGUGAAUACGACGAGUAGAAUUUGCUCAACUGGUUUGGAGAAUGCUAUUACAUUAUCAGAAUAAGCUUUUGAUUAAUUAAAAAAUGAAAAUAUUGAAUUUGAAAUAAGACACGUUGAGAUGAAAGGCUUGGGCAAUAGACCGACUUACAUUUAUAAAGGGAAGAUUAAACAUAAAGAAAAAUAGUUUUAGAUAUAGAGUGAUUUGGACUUAUAGAGUAAGGAUGCUAGAAGUUAAAUGGUGAGGAAGAAUCAUGAAAUUUUUAAGAAGGAUCUAAAAAAAAGGAAAACUAUUUUGACUUUAAUCGAUACUAUGAAAUAGAGAAUGGAUUCUAUGUAAGAAUAAGGAACACAAAAUGUAUUUGGAAUAAAACCAAUAGAACCAAAUUAUUAUUAAACUUAUGAGGAUAAAUCUGGGCAUUCAAUCAAAUUGUUAUAACAACAAGAAUCUGAUGAGAAUUACACUUAAAAGUCGGAUGCCAAAACAAGUACAUUCAAAAGACUAGUCACUAUGUUUUAGAAUAAGUUUUAACUUGAAAAUUAUUAACCAUAAAUUGAUGAACUCAUUGACUAUGAACAACUAUUGGUAAUCUUAUAUAAAUUAAUUAGAGAAUGUCAUUCUGUUGAAGAAUGAAUAUACCCUGGAACAUAAUAUAAUUAAAGAAACUUCUUUUAUGUAGUUAUUGCAAAUAUCUUAUUAUAAAAAAUAAAUGAGUCAGUUUGUCAGCUAUGAAUAAUAUCAAGAGUUCGUCAAGAUUCAAUCUAAAAAUCAAACCGUAUAAAAUUUAAGAAUAUAUGUUCUUUAUUACAUUAUUAAAUCUUUUUGUUAGGUUUAAUUUUAUGAAAAUUUCAACAUGGGCUUAAUAGGAAUGUAAUGGUUCUGUUGUUUACUUAAUCUGAUGUAAUUUAUCGUAAAUAACAAACAGUAUUUUGGAAAGUGGAAGAUUUUCAUAAUAAUUUUACUAUUUUUUGAAGCUUUACUAAGUGGGCUAGUGAUAGAACUUGUGGAUGAUGAUUACUUAAAAAACAUUCAUGUCUAUGAAAUAAUCUUCAUCUAAUCCUUGUUUUGCAGUAUUCAAAUACUAAGCUUUUGGAUAAAAGUGCAAUUUUGCAUUACUGUUGCAAUUUAUUCUACUAUUAUCCUGGCAAUUGAUGGAACAUAAAUCGUUUCAAUAUAUUUUAUCCUAAUCAGUUCCAUGUAUAAUAUGAUAUUGAUUUUAUUGAUUGAAUAAUAAUAAGUAAGUUGUUUUAAUUAAAAAAUAAUCUAUAAAACAUAGCAAUAAAAGGAAUCGCAAUUACUGUAGUAUUUAUUACCAAAACAUAUCUUAAAUAAUUUCUUAGAUGACAGAAUUAACAAUAUUGGUAUUUGUGAUAAAAUCGAUGAUCUAACCAUAUUAUUUGCUGACAUAGCUGGUUUUACUGAAUACUCAAGCAAAGUUAACCCAGAAGAAGUAUUGGUCAUGCUCAAAAAUUUAUUCGUAGAAUUUGACAGGAAAUGUUGUGAUUUGAAUGUAUAUAAAUUAUAUACUAUUGGGGACUGUUAUGUAGCAAUUGGAAUGAUUGAUUAUCAUAACAGAAAUCCUCAAUAGGAAGCUAAAAAUAUUAUAGAUUUGGCAUUUGAAAUGAUUAAAAUUAUUGCUUAAGUCAGGAAAUAAAUCAAUUUUGAAGGACUAAACAUGAGAAUAGGAGUACAUACAGGGCCUGUAUUUGGCGGUGUGAUGGGUACAGAUAUUGUUAGAUAUGACAUAUAUGGACCAGAUGUACUAAUAGCCAAUAAGAUGGAAUCAAAUGGAGUCAAAGGGAAUGUACAAGUGAGUUAGUCAACAAAGAAGUAUUUGGAGGAACUUUAUCCAGAUCUAUAUACUUUUGAAUUGAAUGUUAAUUUAGAAUUGAAAGCAAUAGGACGAUAAAUAGAGGGAUACUUAGUGAAGAAGUAUGAAGAAGAUCCCGUUAAUGAAUAAAAUGUCCCAUUUUGA